GUCUGAACUUCCGGCGUCCCUAGUUUUGAUGAAAAGAAAAUACUUCAAUAUUAAACUCAAAUCUGAAAAUGACUUUGAUAACUGAGUAUGUAGAUAGGUAUAUGCAUUAAUGUUUCUAGUAAAGUAGUAAUAAUAAAAAACAAUGAUAGUAAUUCUUUUGCGCUCUGAAAAUGUAGGCUUAGUCUAUACUUAUACUUAUACAUCUUUUGGCUAGCUUAAGUGUACUUAAAUUUAAAUACUGCACGUUGAAUUGGCUUGUUGUAAAUGUAAUCACACCACGACGACACCAGUCUAGUCUUCUGCCUAGUUCACUAAUUAUUAAUAACGACUAUUUGGACUAAUACUAAUCGUCUAGUAAAAGUAAUAUAGUAUAGUAGUAGUAUAGUCAUAGUCUAAUUAAUUAUUAGGCUAAACUAUUAAAAAGUUAGGCCUAUAAGUAUAAGUAAAUAUUUUGCCGAGCAAGGCACACUGCUAGUAAAUUUGUAUCAGAAAUGGGCGUCUGCGCAAUAGGAUCCGAGUUUUUAAUUUUUUCAUGUCCAUGUAAUUUGAAGAAAUUAGGAGCCCUUUUGGCCCAUAAUUAAGGUUUGACUCCACCCAUUAAUGUUAGGAGAAAUGUUGAACUGCAUUCCCAUUGAGUUAAUUUGUUAUUUAUCUCAACUUUAAGUGAGGAAAAUUGUAUGUCAAUAUAAGGCAUCUUUGCAUUAAAAAAUUAGGUCUAAAUAUUCAAAGUAGGUUUUUCAUAUAAAAAGUAGGCCUGCAUAAUUUGUUGAAGUACAUGUGUGCAAAAUUUCAUUGAGAUAGCUCAUGAAACAUUUUUACAAUUCUACUCAACAUUGACCUCAUUAUGCAAAGGUCCCACAGGCCAUUUUGGAUUAGUGAUCCCGCCCCCUUUUAAAUGGCGGAAAAUGUUGAUACUUAGCUUAGGAAAUAUUCAUUAUUACCUCUAUAUACAUAAAAAUAUUUGAUAACUUGUGUUUCAGAAUGGAUUUUGAAGACAUUUAAACUAGAAUGUUUAAAUUUGAGCUUUAAAAACCCGGUAGAGUCCAUAUUAUUAACGAUCCGAAUUGACAGUGUGCAAAAAUUCAUGAGAAACCAUUCACAGCCAUUUGCAUAAAGCUAUGCCGUAGUACUACCUCAAGUUUCAUGCAUAAGAGUUUGCCAUGUGCAAAAACUAUUAACACCAUUGGUCAGGGAAAGCUUUAGUUAAUUAGACAUGUGCCAAAGUUGAAAGUUCAAAAUAAGUAGAUCCCAGCUAUAUUUUAGGGGGUGCGUUGCCUUAUAUAGGCUAUAUAGCAUAUACCGGUAUAAUGGACGCUGUAGAUUUGGUAAACAGAAAUAGUGCAUAGUUAGAUAAACUAUAAUUUAUAUAUAAUUGUAUAACUUAUUAAAAUUAUUUGUUAAUCAAGAAUUAGUUCUGAAAAUAAAAGUCGCAUAAAAUUAUCAUUAAAACGAGAGUUAUAUAGCUCGUGACACGAACAGCGGAAUUGGGUGACAGAAUGUGGAGGUGAAGUCCAUGUUAAAAAAGGACAAACGAUGUCGUACUUUAAAAAUUCAUAACUUUAAAACUACAACAGCUAAAAAUAUGAUUUUGGUGUUAUAAUUCUGUUAAAAAUUAGCUCUAUUCAACUAUGUCAUUGGUUUAUUUUUACAAAAAUUUUUAAUUUUCUUAUCAAAGUACCUACCUAUAAGUAUAACUAUAUUAAAUUUGUAGGUUACUUGCUAAUAAUGAUGAUAAUAAUAGCAUGAUGAUAGUGAUACUACUGAGUGGCACUACUGUGAAACUGAUAGGCACAAGCUAAGUUUAAGAAUUCUCCCAUAAUAAUUUGAAAACAAAGAAAUAAUAAGUUUUAUAAAAGUAAAAUUAUCUAGGCUCUGCCUAAUUUUUAUAGUAUCACAAUUAUCUUUUGUUGACAUAAGUAUCCCGUCUUACUACUAAAUAAGCUAUUAACCCUCUUGAGCUGGAGCCAUUUUUGGAAUGUUGGUUGCCAAGAAGAUUGAUCCCUUUUCACAAGCCCUACACUUAAUUUGCAAAACAAUGAAUAAAAAAUUAACUAAUUACUUUAUAAGUAAACUAUGUAUACGCUUGUGGGGAAUUAAAUGAAUUAAUAAAAUCCUUAUGAAUCAAACUGAUAUCUCAACAAAUCUGUAAAUGAAAAAUCAUGAUUUGCAAAAUUAAUGCGUGCAAUUUUUUUACACUUAGAAAUAAACAUGUCAUACUUGUAGAAUUUUGUUAAAUUUUAUGACUGUUGAAAUCUAAAUAGUUCAUAAAAAAACAUUGAAUGAGAUUCAAUUUUAAAAACUGCAUACAAGAUUCCAUUUGGGGUGCUUAUACCUUUUGGUAUAUUUCAAGCUCACAUAUUUUUAAAGAAUUUAUAGAGAUCGCUAGGUAUUUACAAAAAUUAAGUAUGCUGACUUAAUGAUUUAUUUGAUAUCAUUAUUUUAUUAUUUUACGACAUAUAUAUAUUAUAAAAUUAAAUAUAUAUAUUUACAGUUUUUAAGUGCAAAUAAAUUUCAACUCUAUUAUUUACCCUACAUCCAGUGCAAUAUUCAUCUUUAUAUUUUCAAAUGUAUAUUAUAAGCACAUGCUACUAACAAAUUGAUAAAAAUAUUUAUUGUUCCAAAUAGUCAGUGUAUAUUUUGUCAUCAAUUCUCAGAAUUUUAAUUGACAAAAAACACAAUCAACAUAAUAUUUGAAUAAUACAGCAAAGACUGACUUAACUCAUGUGCAAAUUACAAACGUGCACACCAUAAUUUCACACAGAAACUCCACUGCAACUGUCAUGAAAACAGUGCAAAUAGAAUAUUUCAAAUAUGAUGGACUUUUGUCAUGUGCACUUUUGUUAUGUGCUCAUUGGUCACCUAUCUAUUUCUAAGUUAUAUUUAAACAAAAUUAAAGCAAGAGUAAAUAUUGCAAAAAAAUAUUCAGUGACAUCAUUUAUAUAUAAACACUAAAAAUUUUCUUUACAGAAACAAAAAUAGGCCUAAUAGUUUUCUGAAACAUUUUUCAUUUUAUUUUCACUAUUCACCAUAUUUCAUUAUUUAUUCUCUGUUUGCUUGAUGUCAAGAUUAAUCUUUUGUUUUGGGCCUUCACUAAGUGAUGUCAUGCAUUCAAGGGUGGAGAGGGGGUGAGGGUCAUGAAUUUGUGACAAUAGAGGUUUCUAAACUUUGUGAUAAAUUUUUGAUGAGUUUGAAAAGGGGGAGGAGGGUAUAAAAAAUUGGCAAACAUAGCAUGACCUCAUUUAUUGAUGGCCCUUUUCCUUAAUUAAUUUUCUGUUAUGUUUAAAAAAAAAUAAAAAAUUGAAUUUCAUACAAAUUUAUUGAAAGAAAUAAUGUAAUAUAUGUUGAAAAAAAAACAGUUGUUUAACAUUUUUUAAAAUUCUAUCCUACAAAAAAUUCACUUAAAAAAACCCAACAACAAAUGAAUGUUAUCAUUUUAAAUUGAAACAAAAAAAUUAUUUAAUAAAUGAUUAAUUGCAUUUUUCAAUUAGAUUCAAAUUAAAUUUAUUUUAUCCUGUAAGCAGAUAUUUUUUUUGACACACACAUACAAAAUCAGAGACUUUUACUAAUGUUUAAAAUCUUGACAAAUGAAUAGAAUUAAAUAAAGGUUACAUAUUUUAAAAUAUAAAAAAAAAAGUCAACAGUGUGGGCAUAUUUGAUUGAAGUAUUUAAUUGGAUUUGAAGAAUAUAUCAUAAUCAUUUCAUUCUUUUAUCACACAAUCAAGAUUUAAUUAAAUAUAUAGAGUUAAAAGAAAAGGCUUUUAAAACGAUAAUUAUGAAACCAAAUUGAUAUUUAAUAGCAUAGAUAGUAGUCUUCUUGGCUAUAUAGUAAUGCAUUUUGAAAUGAUCAUAGUUGCAGUUGAUUCUACUUGGUCCCUCUUCAUUUUGAAACUCUAUUAGAAAGUAUUUGUUAUAUUGAUGGUAAGUCUUUCAUUUUCUGUAGCAUACUGUUAGAGAGACUUUAGAUUAGAUUCUGUAGCCUACUGUUAGAAGUAUAUCCUAGAGACUUUAGAUUCUGUUCUGUACCCUACUGUUAGAAGUAUAUUCUGGAGACUUAAGAUUAGAUUCUGUAGCCUACUGUUAGAAGUAUAUUCUGGAGACUUUAGAUUAGAUUCUGUAGCCUACUGUUAGAAGUAUAUCCUAGAGACUUUAGAUUAGGUUCUGUAGCCUACUGUUAGAAGUAUAUCCUAUAGACUUUAGAUUCUGUUCUGUACCCUACUGUUAGAAGUAUAUUCUAUAGACUUUAGAUUCUGUUCUGUAGCCUACUGUUAGAAGUAUAUUCUAGAGACUUUAGAUUAGUUUCUGUACCCUACUUUUAGAAGUAUAUUCUGGAGACUUAAGGUUAGCACCUGCAUGUUUUUUUACUUUCAAGAAAUAAGUAAUUAAAGGGAAAAGAAGUAGCUAAUUAAGGACAUUCAUUGUUUGUUUGAAACUUAAAAUUCUCUUUUGUAAAUAAAACUGAUAUCUUUAAAACAAAAAUGUCAAGCUUGCUAAUGAAUGGUGAAAUAUUGCUUAAGUAAGUGUUUCCCAAAAUUUUGAGCUCGCCAUUUUAAGAAUCAAUUUUUAUGGAGGAACCCUUCUACCCUAAGUCAAACAAGUUAAAGUUUAGCAAUGUCCUGGACACAGAGUCCCCAAGCAGUGCACUGGGUGCCCUGAGGGCUGAGCAGAGCACAUGGUUGGGAACCACUGGCUUUUGUCAUAGAUUAUUUACAGAUAUUAUUAUUAUUAGCUGUUCUUGGUCUUCUUUCAUUAGACUUUAAGUAGACAAAGUUAAUGUGAUAUAUUAAAAAAAAUUUGAAUAAAUUAGCCCAGUGGUCGGGAAAUCAUGGCUCGUGAGCCACAUGCAGCUCUGACCUGAGUGCGGCUCUGCCAGUGGAGUACAGAUAGGUUUUGACUCCGUAAAAACAUGGUCCUUGACAGGUUCUUGAUAAGAAAUUUGGCUCUUGAAAAAUUUUCAAUUGUCCUGCUGCUGAUUUUUUGCUCUUUUGACGAAUGAGUUUGCUGACCACUGGACUAGCUCAUGGACCAUUCCUUCAAUAUCACACUUAGUCUAAACUUAAAACUCUUCUAUAUUUUUAGCAUGGUCUGAUAGCUGUAUAAAGCUAAUUUUAAAACAUGCACUGUCCAGCCAUUCGUCACUGAACAUGUAAUCCUCUACUUAUUGACACCAUUAGACAUAUCAAGCCUAAUCACAUUAUUUAAUGAGCUCAUGUUGUGCCUAGUGGCUAACACUGACAUACUUUAACAAUAUGUUAUAAUACUCAACAAUAUCAUUACGUUAGUAACCUUAUAAUAUUAAACAAUAUAUGUUAUCGUUACGUUAGUAACCUGAGCUGUAGAAUAUUUAUUGAUCUUUUAUUUAGAGUUCUUGAAAGUAACACGAGAACUCCUUAUAUUUAUUCAACUUGUAAAUCAGGAUAAUCUCUCUUGCACGUUAUAAUCUUGUUUAAUUUUUUUUAAGAUGUUCAAUUUAUAUUCACUCAAGGUUAUAAUAAUACACAUUAUAUUAUUGAUAUUACAUUUUAAUAUUAAAUUUUUAUUAGAUGUUUUAUUUAAUUUCACUCAAAAUGUACAAUAAAAAUAUAUUAUUGAUAUUACAUUCAUAGUUAUUAGUUCAUAUUAAAUAAUAAAAAAAAACAAUCAAGCUAGAAUAGCAAAUCAAAAUUAUAAUUUAACAUUUUUCUCAUCAGUUUUCAUGUCAAGUCUGGGCUGCUGGGUCACCUUGACAUGGCUGUCUUUCAUUUACCAUGAACAGUGACAGUGGACAGUUGACAUCACAAACACAGGAGGAAGGCAGCAAUCAUACGGAGAACAAACAUCUGAUCAAACUAGCAAACAGCAAACAAACUUCAGCGCAAAUAAACCAGGCAAAAGCAGCCAAAAAUAAAAGUCAACAACAAACUGUGAUCACGUCUACAGCAGUUAGACAGGCAUCUGAAGGAGGUCAAGGAGGUGGUCAUUUGCAGGCAUCUGAAGGAGAUCAAAGCCAUCUGCUUGUUGCUAAAGAGAAGACAAAGGACAAAACAGCACUGAUAUCCACAUCAGGAUUUGCUAAACUAAAUAAGUCUGACAAAAAAGAAAAUAUUGAAGCUGAAGAAUAUAACAUUGAUUCGAAUGGUGGCAAGAAGGGGUCUGUAUCAGAACUCUUCCUCCCAGCCAGUCAUUUUACUCUGAAUGCAGAAGAAAACAACGACCUGUCCAGUUUUUCAGAAUCCGACCGUGAGACAUUAGGAUCAUCCAGCUCAGAACUAGCCAUUCUUAGAAGUCCAUCACGGGAUUCACUCAAUGUGGGAUUUGAUGCCGGCCCAGUGGCCACUUCACCGGUUCAAAUCAAUGAUAAAACGCCUACCAAUAUAUUAGAAGAAGGUCGUGACACUCCUACCGAGGCCCCUCCUCAUCGAGACAUCAUUAAAAUAAAUCAUAAUCUUAACCCUGAAGUUGAAACUCCAUCUGAUCUAGACAAGCACUUACAUUCAUCCGCUUUACCCCAAUCUUCCACUUCUCCACAACCUGGGCAAAGCAGGAACCCAUCUCAUUCUGAACCCCGACCCAUAAAAUCGAUUGUGAAGCAAUCCCCAGUUCCGACAAAAUCUCUAACCCCCCAGUUAGGCCGGCCCAUCUUCUCCGUAAAUCCUGAACUCUUCCAACAAAGGUCCAGUGACCUAGACACUGACCACCUGAACCAUGCACCUUACUCGUCUCAGAGGCUGAAACCAAAAGGAGAUGCAGCAAAGCGUUCCAGCAGCAGCAGUAAAGAAUUCACUAACACUCUCUACAGCCAGGAGGAAGACAGUAUCAAGGAAGAUUUAGCACCAGACAGUUUAGAUAUUGAAAAAGACAGCCUUGACCUUGUAUCAGAACUAGAUCUGCCAAGUAAAGACAAUCCUGAUUUUAGAGAGGAGGAUACAGAAAAUAAUAGUCAGGACUUGGAUAUCGAUGUGUCGAAAGGAAUUCUAGUGGUUGAACAGACUAAUGAUAUAAGAAAAGUUUCAUCACCACGGCCAGAUAACACAAAGAGUCAAAGAGAUUUCAUCUCUUUUGGUCGGGCUGUUCAGAAAGAGACAGGUAGGGAAGACUCAUACCUCAGUUUAAAGCCUGGAUAUUGGGACAUUGCUCCAGUGAACAGCCAAGAGAGAGAUUUACCAGCACCGUUUGUGGAAACUGACAACUCUAAACUUAUUCUGAAAUCCCCUCAUACACCACCACCAUCUCAUUUACCAUCUCGUACGCCAUCUGCUCAGACAGCCCAAGGAGAGUACUUCCAUAGUACCAGCCAUGAUGGAGAUACAAACAACAGCUCAGAGUUGACCCCCAUCAUAAACACCAACAAAGAGAAACCAAAAAUAUUUACUUUUGGCAACAGUCAAAGCAGCAACACAACAGGCGCAGGGAAAGAGAAGGCUGUAUUCAUCCUUAAAUCUGAUCCCAACAAAUCUCGACAGUCCAGGCAGUCGUCUGCGAAAACCUCCGGCAGACUGUCCCAGAACUCGCAGGCACAGUUUAGACCAGACACCAACGUAAUGACAGCCACAUCAGCUACCCGAAACCCAGGCAGGGUCACGUCCUCAGCCAACAAAGUUUACGUGACAUCACCAACAUUCUCGGACGAUGAAGAGGGGAUGUACAGGUUGGUGAACAGCCGACUGGAUGGUGCGGAUGACGACAGGUUGGACACUUACAGAGAGCUGGACUUGGCGGCCAUACAGAGCCAGGAGAACUAUGGCGGGGGAGCGAAAAUCCCCUCGGAAAAACGUGUUUCUUAUAAUGAUGGUGGACGGUAUGAAGACAGGGACAAGGGAGUGAAUGGAGUUGGCAGCAACGGGAAAUCUGACAAUGCUGAUAUGUUUAAUCCUUAUGGAAUGCAAAUGAGUGGUCCGAAUAGAUCUGAUUUACACUUAAACACAUAUCCUAAAGAUGGGACUACCUGGUCAGGCCAACAGCAAGACAGCAGCAACAUAACUGCCCACAGGCCCCAAGACUUUGGAACUGGGUCAGAUGUUGAAUCCAGGAACCCACAGCAGGGACGCAUCAUCAGCCAUAAUCCACAAUUUCUUCAGCAACCCGGCAGCACCUCACAGCCACCUCAACCCAACCAGCUACCACAUCGUCAAACACGAGCAAGAGGUAUCUCACUACCCACUGGUCCGUCAUAUGAUCCACGAGAUGAAGAAGAUCUGCAACGAGAAACCUCUUACCAACAAGGUAAAUAUCUUUUGUUAUUCUUACAUACUAAAUAAUUUCAUAUGUUGCCUGAAAAAGCAGGCCAUUUGUAAUGCGAAAUACAAAUUCUAAAGAUUUGUUUUGCAAUUUAAGACAUGUUGUUAUGUUCUAAUGAAGAAUUUCUCAAUCGGUGGGUCGUGACCCCUUUGGCGGUCGAGUGGCCCUUUCAAAAGAGAGAAAAAAGGGGGGAGGGGGGCUAAGACCAUCGGAAAACACAUAUUCUCUACAGUUAUAAAGAAGAAACGAAACUAAUUUUGUGGUUGGGGGUCCACCACAACAUGAGGAACUGUGUAAAAGGGUCACGGCAUUAGGAAGGAUAACAACAACUGAUCUAAUGUUAAUCAUAAUAUUCUACUGUAAGGAUGAUUCUGAAUUAUUUUUGUUUAUAUAAAUUAUUCUAUAGACACUUGUCUCAAAGUAACAUAUUAGUCUUUAGACCUUUGACCAAAUGUAACAAAUCAGUUACAUACCAGUACAUUCUUGUACCAAUGUGCACACUAAUCUUGUACCAAGUGCACACUAAACUUGUACCAUAUACACACUAAGCUUGUACCAUGUACACACUAAGCUGUUUAAUGUGUGUACUAAACUUGUACCAUGUAAACACUAAACUUGUACCAUGUACACACUAAGCUGGUACUAUGUACACACUAAGCAUGUACCAUGUACACACAAAGCGUGUAAUAUGUUCACACUAAGCUUGUACCAUAUACACACUCAGCUGGUUAAUGUGUGCACUAAGAUUGUACCAUGUACACACUAAACUUGUACCAUGUGCACACUAAGCUUUUACAAUGUGCACACUAAGCUUGUACCUUGUACACACUAAUCUUUUGCCAUGCACAUAAUUUUUGACAUGUACACACUAAACUUGUACUAUUUACACAAUAAGAUUGUACCAUGUACACAAUAAGCUUGUGUCAUGUACAUACUAAGAUUGUACCAUGUGAAGACUAAGCUUAUAACAUGUGCAAACUAAGCUAGUACCUUGUGGACACUAAGCAUGCACCAUUUACACACUAAACUUGUACCAUGUGCACACUAAGCUUUUAACAUGUACACACUAAGCUUGUAUCAUUUACACACUAAGCUUGUACCAUUUACACACUAAACAUGUACCAUGUAUACACUAAGCUUGUAACAUGUACACAUUAAGCUUGUAUCAUUUACACACAAAGCUUGGACCAUGUACACACUUAGCAUGUGCCAUGUACACAAUUUGCUUGUACCAUGUACAUGAUAAGCUUGUACCAUUUACACACUGAAGUUGUACCAUGUACAAAUUAAGCUUGUGCUGUGUACUCACUAAGCUUGUGCCAUGUACUCACUAAGCUUAUGCUGUGUACGCACUAAGCUUGUGCUGUGUGCUCACUAAGCUUGCACCAUGUACACACUAAGCUUGUGCUGUGUGCUCACUAAGCUUGUACCAUGUGCAAACUAAGCUUGUGCACACCUCAUGCUCAACUUCACACUACACAUAUUACAUACUCACAUUAUGACCACAUAUAAACCCUUAUACUAGAGUGAAACAUGACGCAUAUACACCUUAACACCCCAAACACACCUAUCACCACAUUCUCAAUUUACACCCAAUGCUCACCUUAACAUUCCAUACACAUCAUAACACCCCAUACACACCUUAACACCCCAUUUACACCUUAUACAACCCUUAAACCCCAUACACACCCCAACACCCAAUACACACUCUAACACCCCAUACACUCCCUUACACCCCAUUCACACCCUAACACCCCAUACACACCCCAACACCACAUGCACACCCCAAUACCCCAUACACACCCUAACACCCCAUACACACCCUUAAACUCCAUACACACCCUAGCACCCCAUACACACCCCAACACCCCAUAAACACCCUAACACCCCAUACACUCCCUUACACCCCAAUCACACCCUUAUACCCCAUACACACCCUUAAAACCCAUACACACCCUUAUACCCCAUACACACCCUAACACCCCAUACACACAAUAAAACCCCAUUCAUACCCUUAAACCCGAUACACACCCUAACACCCCAAACACACCCUAACACCCCAUUCAAACCUCAUACACACUCUAAAACCCCAUACACACCCUUACACCCCAUACACACCUUAACACCUCAUACACACCCUAAAACCCAUACACACCCUAACACCCCAUACACACCCUUACUCCCCAUAAACACCCUAGCACCCCAUACACACCCUAAUACCCCAUAAACACCCUAGCACCCCAUGCACACCCCAACACCCCAUACACACUGUAAGACCCCAUAAACACCCAAGGACCCCAUACACACCCUAACCUAACAACCCAUACACACCCUAUCACCCCAUGCACACCUUAACACCCUAUAGACACCGUAACACCUCAUACACACCAUAACACCUUGGCGCAUUUUAUAGAGGAUUAGUGAACUGUAAUUACUCAGUACAGAAUUGAAUUUAUUCUGCACUUCAAUCACGCUUUGACUUAUCAGUUGGCAGAAGAUCUAGUGAUAUCUGGUAGAGUAUUGGUAGAAGAUCUAGAGAUAUCUGGCAUAGCAUUGCCUCAUUGAUGGCAGUUGUUCUAAUUACUUGUGGAUAUUAAAGUUGAAUAUUUUCUUACAUGUGUAUUUCAAUUUUGUAACUUUUAACUUUGAUCAAUGUUUUGUUAAUUGAUCUACAACUAAAACAAGAUUUAGUAUUGUGUCUUGCUAUUUACACGAGGACACAAGUUCUUGAUGUCCGAGUCCAACAGUUGAAACAUUUCAGGAGUAGACAAGUGUUUAUUGGUUCUCUAUCCUGAGUUUCGGUUGCUAACAUUCAGGCUGUGUCAGCUGACGUUUUACUGUUGUCACAAACUUAAAACUUGUUUGUGAUUGUGAUGUUAGUUAAUUAUAGAUUGGAUAAAAGUCCACGACUUGAAUUCAACUUUAAAUUUUCUAGAUUUUUUUCUUCUUGGAUAGUGUCGUAUAGAAUUCAAGUCUUUUAAAUUGUGACAAUAAAAUCUCACAUUAGUAGAAAAUAUGUAUUACUUUGAAUAAACAAGAGAACAAUCAGUUAUUUUUACACCUCUGGGACAGGAAUUGUACCAAAACGUGCCAAAGUGUCCUCUUUUUAUAGCCAUUUUAAUUGUUUCUGUAGUAUAGUAGUUACUAUCCGAGUGUCUCAUUUUUAUUUUACUUAGUUUACAUUGUAAAGCGCUUAGAGCUUUAAGGUAAGCGCUAUAUAAAAAAUGCCUAAAUAAAUAAAUAAAUAAAAUUGUUCUCUGUCAUUGAUUGAUUGUCUUGUAAGACAAAAUGCCACUGGCAACCAGUCUGUUUAUAAAUAAAAAUCAUCACAGAUCAAUAUGUUUAUCUUUUGAUUUAAAGAAAAUGUUGGUUCAAGUGGCAAACAAAUCUAAUGCCACAUUCCAGCUUUGCCUGUUUGGUUAGACGAAAGAUACUGACAUGGUUAACACUUGACUGUGUUUUCAAUCUCAUAAUUGUGUUGAAACUCCUAAAGUCUGAGGCAAGACUAAAUCUUUGAGACCAAUGUAGAAUUAUAGUGUGUGUUGAAACUCUUAUCACUGUUCACCUGAAGGGAGAAAACUCUUCCAUACUCUCAUAAUCAAACUUAGUCUUUAAAUUGUUUUGAUAUGGGAAAUUGUGUGACUCAAUCACUUAUUUUCUUUAUUCAACUAGAAGAAAAUAAAUCCUAGUAGCUAUUCUACUCUAGGUUGACAUUUCUGAGACCUAUAUGCUAGACCAGUGGUUGGAAAAUCGUGGCUCGCGAGCCGCAUGUGGUUCUUUAGCGACCUGAAUGCGGCUCGGCCAUAAAUCGGUUUUGACUCCGAAAAAAAUGGUUCUUGACAGGUUAUUGAAAAGAAAUUAGGCUCUCAAAAUUUGUUUAAUCGUCCUGCUGCUGAGCUUUGGCUUUGACUUUGACUAAUGAAUUUGCCGACCACUGGGCUAGACAAUAAGUCCUAGCAGAUAUUCUAGGUAGAUAUUUUUUAAGCCUAAACGUUAGACAAUAAGUCCUAGUAGAUAUUCUAGGUAGAUAUUUUUUAAGCCUAAACGCUAGACAUUAAGUUCUAGUAGAAAUUCUAGGGUAACAUUUCUUGACGAUCUCGAGGCCUAAAUGCUAGAAUUUAAGGUUUUUUCUUUGUAUGUAGGCCCUAUUGUUGUAAUUCCAUUUGAGUAAAAUAAACAUAUUUUAUCUUGUAGAUUUCUUUUAACUGACAAAAAAAUUAGGUAAGUUGUUCUCAUUAAUGACUUCCCUUGUUUCCAGGGUUACGAAUGCGUGUUGAGGAUGGCCUCAAGAAGGUCCAAGAGGUGGAGAUACCCAAAGUUCCUUUAAACCACGGGCAGGACGGGUCUCAAGACUUUGCCAGGGACUCCCUGGACUACUACAAUGAUGACGCCACGGCCAGGGCGUUUGUUGAAGCCUUUAGACCCGACCCUUCCGACAGUUUUGACUUACAGAAAAAUCAGUUCCGCAAUCCUCCACCCCUACCUCAGGCAUUUUCAGGCAACCCGCAACAACCCGUAAAUGCUCGUUUAAAUAAUGUGAACUUUGACAGUGAAGAUUAUGUGGACUAUGAGGACAUUCGGCAUCAGCGUGUCAACCCGCAGGUGCAGCAGAGGUUUUACAAACCCCAGCUGGAUGCCAACCAGAGAAAUGACGUCAUGGACAGUGACAGAUAUGUCGAUGUCAACACUACGGCCAGAAGUGAGUAUAACAAUCGGCAAGAAAACACGCCAAGAUACCCCCAACAGAGUCUAGCUGGCCGCAAUGACCACAAUAGCACGCAGCCUGGGUCACAGAGGCUCACAAAACCUGUUGAGGAGGAACCCAUGGAGGCCGUCCAGCCCAAACCUCCCAAAUAUGAUUAUGUGAACAACAACAAGGAGGACUAUGGCAAGCCCCAGCCCAAGUCCUACACACACAUACACGAAGUGACCAAGGAAGAGAAGGAAAAACUCAAUGAGAUCUUCAUACAUCCUAAGCCAAAACCCAAGGCGGGCAUUCUCAAAAAGAAAGGUGAAGGUCAGGGUAGCCACAGGGGCACAGAAAACAUUGAUCCUAAUCAACGAGAUGAUGAGUACAGGGAGAUGAGUCCUGCUGAGCAGGUAAGAAUUGUUUCCCCUUGUACUCUGUAUAAAAUGGAAAUGAUUAUGUUCAGUACAUACAAAUAUAAUAGAACAGAAAAAUACUAGAACAGAAUGACCAAACAUACAAAUAUAAUAGUAGAACAGAAUGGCCAAACAUGCAAAUAUUAUAGAACAGAACUUACAAAUGUAAUAGAACAGAAUUAGCACAACAUACAAUUAUAAUAGUAGACCAGAUUGGCUAAAUAUACAAAUAUAAUAGAUCAGAAUGGCCAAACAUACAAAUAUUAGAUAUAAAGUUAAACUUUUCUAAAUAUACAAAUAUAAUAAUAUAUUUUAUAGGAAAUCUAACGCAACAUAUCUGAGCAUUGAUUCUGAAGAAAGUUAGGACCUUUAACAUGUUAACAAGCAGAAAUAAAUUGUAACAAAUCAAGUUAUUUAUUGGAUGAUGUUUAAUUUAAAGUUGACACAAAAAAUGUUCAGUUCAUGGACAGGGCUGACAUGCAAGGAAUAGUUAGAGAUAACAAAGUUCAUGGAUGUACUUUUAAAGACAGUGUUGACAUGCAAGGAAUAGCUAGAGAUAACAAAUGUUCAUAGAGCUACUUUAAAAGACAGUGCUAACAUACAAGGAAUAGCUAGAGAUAACAAAUGUUCAUAGAGCUACUUUAAAAGACAGGGCUGACAUACAAGGAAUAGCUAGAGAUAACAAAUGUUCAUAGAGCUACUUUUAAAGACAGGGCUGACAUACAAGGAAUAGCUAGAGAUAACAAAUGUUCAUAGAGCUACUUUAAAAGACAGUGCUGAAAUACAAGGAAUAGCUAGAGAUAACAAAUGUUCAUAGAGCUACUUUAAAAGACAGUGCUGACAUACAAGGAAUAGCUAGAAAUAACAAAUGUUCAUAGAGCUACUUUAAAAGACAGUGCUGACAUACAAGGAAUAGCUAGAGAUAACAAAUGUUCAUAGAGCUACUUUAAAAGACAGUGCUGACAUACAAGGAAUAGUUAGAGAUAACAAAUGUUCAUAAAGCUACUUUAACAACAUUCUUGGUGGAAAGUUACAUGUUUAUGAAUGUUAUCCUUAAAAUUGUAAGUUUUUAAACAUGUUUUGCUGACCACCUGGCCUGAAUGUAACAGUGAACAGCAUAGCUACCAAAUAGUGUUAACAGCUGAACUUAUCAACUUUGACCCACAGUUUAUUUUUAGCAUAACAGCUUGUGGCUUCCUCUCUUUGCUCACACCAAUAUGUAUCAUUAUUAAAAGUCAUGUCCUACUUGUUAGAAGUAGUCAAAACCUAAACACGUUACACAACUCUGCUAUGCCUUACAUGACAGAGUGAUGGUACUUGUUCACUUAGAAUAUCAUGAAAGUCCCUGCGAGAUGGGGCCAUCAGGUGUAUGAUGCCAGCAAUAAAACUUCUUAAAUUAAAUGGAGACGAUGGCUAACCAUUAUAUUGAAAUUAUUUAUUUAUCAUUAGAAAGAUGAAAUACAUAAAUAUGGAGCAAUUCUUGACUGGAAUUAUAUCACUGGACCAAGAAAGUCACAGUUUGAGCUUACUUUAGUAAUCAAUCAUAUCAUAAUUGGGUUUUCUCAAUCAUAUCACAAUCAUGACCCUCUUAAUCAUGUCAGGUGUGGGCCCAAAGGUCAGCAUCCCUAGCCAAAAGAUUUGACCAUAAAAAUGGUAGAGGGAAACAAAGAGGGGGCCCUGGCGGACUGCAGAAGUACAACAGUGAUUCCUCAUUAAAUCAGGUAGGCCCCAACAUUUCAAGUUUGUUUAUGCUGUAUAUUAUUUAUAUCAUAGCAUUAAACUACUUGUGAUAUAGCUUUGAGUCAAAACUCCCUAUUACGUUGACUUAUAGACUUACAUCACUUACAUUGACUUAUAGACUUACAUCACUUACAUUGACUUAUAGACUUUAUCGUGUCUUCUUCCCUUAUUUUGUUUAAAUUUUAAUGUUAAGACAACACAAUAUCCAGAUAUUAGUGUGGCCUCAAGCAUUUGACCAUUAAAUGACCAGCCUUCCAACUUCUUGGCUAGAUAUAGUUAUUUUUUAUGAUAUUAUAAAGGGCAAGGCAGAACAUUUAUUUUCAAUGGUAUAAAGCAGUGGCUUACUUGACACAGCUUUCAUUAAAUUUAUUCUUGAUACUAAAAUUUUUCAUAUUUAUAACAGUAUUAAUUAUAAAAACUAUUGUUGUAUUUGCAUUGGGAGAUGCAUUGGGAGAAACUAAUUCUUUGACCUUUGGUUUCCAAAGAUACGACCUCAGCAGCUACCUCCAGACAGAAGAGCUUUCAUGACAGAAAUGCCUACACCCCCUAGCCAGGAAAGUUCACUUCAUAACCAAGUGAGUGUCUGACAUGGUCUAAAUCUAUGGACUGAGUGUCUGAGAUGGUCUAAAUCUAUGGACUGAGUGUCUGACAUGGUCUAAAUCUAUGGACAUAGUGUCUGACAUGGUCUAAAUCUAUGGACUGAGUGUCUGAGAUGGUCUAAAUCUAUGGACUGAGUGUCUUAGAUGGUCUAAGUCUAUGGACUGAGUGUCUGAGAUGGUUUAAUCUAUGGACUGAGUGUCUGACAUGGUCUAAAUAUAUGGACUGAGUGUCUGACAUGAUCUAAAUCUUCGGAAUGAUUGUCUGACAUGGUCUAAAUCUAUGGACUGAGUGUCUGACAUGGUCUAAAUCUAUGGACUGAGUGUCUGAGAUGGUCUAAAUCUAUGGAAUGAGUUUCUGAGAUGGUCUAAAUCUAUAUAAUGAGUUUCUGAGAUGGUCUAAAUCUAUGGACUGAGUGUCUGAGAUGGUCUAAAUCUAUGGAAUGAGUUUCUGAGAUGGUCUAAAUUUAUGGAAUGAGUUUCUGAGAUGGUCUAAAUCUAUAGACUGAGUGUCUGAGAUGCUCUAAAUCUAUAUAAUUAGUGUCUGACAUGGUCUAAAUCUAUGGAAUGAGUGUCUGAGAUGGUCUAAAUCUAUGAAGUGAGUGUCUGAAAUGGUCUAAAUCUAUGACAUGAGUGUCUGACAUGGUCUAAAUCUAUGGACUGAGUGUCUGAGAUAUCUAAAUUUAUGGACUGAGUGUCUGACAUGGUCUAAAUCUUUGGAAUGAUUGUCUGACAUGGUCUAAAUCUAUGGACUGAGUGUCUAAGAUGGUCUAAAUCUUUGGAAUUAGUUUCUGAGAUGGUCUAAUUCUAUGGAAUGAGUUUCUGAGAUGGUCCAAAUCUAUGGACAUAGUGUCUGAGAUGGUCUAAAUCUAUAGAAUGAGUGUCUGACAUGAUCUAAAUCUAUGAAAUGAGUGUCUGAGAUGGUCUAAAUCUAUGGACUGAGUGUCUGAGAUGGUCUAAAUCUAUGGAAUGAGUGUCUAAGAUGGUCUUAAUCUAUGGAUUGAGUGUCUGACAUGGUCUAAUUCUAUGGACUGAGUGUCUGACAUGGUCUAAAUCUAUGGACUAAGUGUCUGAGAUGGUCUAAAUCUAUGGAGGGAGUGUCUGAAAUGGUCUAAAUCUAUGGCAUGAGUGUCUGACAUGGUCUAAAUCUAUAGCAUAAAUGUCUGUCAUGGUUCUAAAUCUAUUAAAUUCUUCAUACUGGACAUACAAUUUAAGCGAAGUUUUUAUUUUAAUUGUUAUAUCGUUAGCUAGAGAAGGCAUCUUGCACAUACCUUUCUUGUUUUGUUUCAACACCUUUUCAGGCUCCUCCCAUUGACCUCGUUUGACUUUGCCUGAUUUAUUUAUAACAAUAUUUUAAAUAUUUUAAUCUUGCUACCAACAUUGAGCACCAAUUAAGAUAUACAUUUGACCAACACUCCUUGUCCCUGACCUCAGGUCUCACUUCCAAUGUCACCCCGACAUUCAGACAUCCAGGUGCUACCAGUGUCCUCACAAAUUAUUUUGGACGACGGACAGCGGAUAAGCGUAGAUGUGAACCUAAAGCUUAUUUCGCCAUCCCAUCAGUAUCAACCCUACCAGGACCCUCCUCCUCACCACCCCCCUGCCUACUACGGGGGUGCUGGCCGAGGGAGGCAAUACCCCGCUGUCACACAGUUUGACAAUGAAAACUACAACAACGGCUUGCAGGCUCUGGUAAGUUAGAUGAAAAUUACUUGAAGACUGAACAAUAUUCAGGAUAAAAUAUUUUUCAAUACAUAUGAUGUUUUCUAUUAAUAUUAUGGUCAAAAUAUUUUGUUAUAUUACUUCUAUCAUCUUUUAUCUAAUUAAAGUCCCUAGGACACCAUCUUGAUGGGAGCCACUAUUAUCAUUGGUCAGGCAUACGAUGUGUAUUGAUGUUUACCUUUUUGGGAAGAGGGCGCCUAAAUUCAGGCUGUAACCACCCCACCAACACCAAAUCACUGAAACCACCCCACCAAAACCACACAGUAAUCACCGCAUCAACAAUCAACCCCAUGAACCACCACACCAACAAUCCACCACAAGAACCACCACACCAACAAUCCACCCCAUGAGCCACCACACCAACAAUCCACCACAUGAACCACCACACCAACAAUCCACUACAUGAACCACCUCACCAACAAUUCACCCCAUGAACCACCACACUAAAACCACACAGUAACCACUGCACCAACAAUCCACCCCAUGAACCACCACACCAACAAUCCACUACAUGAACCACCACACCAACAAUCCACUACAUGAACCACCGCAUCAACAAUCCACCCCAUGAACCACCACACCAACAAUCCACCCCAUGAACCACCACACCAACAAUCCACCCCAUGAACCACCACACCAACAAUCCACUACAUGAACCACCACACCAACAAUCCACUACAUGAACCACCGCAUCAACAAUCCACCCCAUGAACCACCACACCAACAAUCCACCCCAUGAACCACCGCACCAACAAUCCACCCCAUGAACCACCGCACCAACAAUCCACUCAAUGAACCACCACACCAACAACCCACCCCAUGAACCAUCACACCAACAAUCCACCCCAUAAACCACCACACCAACAAUCCACCCAAUGAACCACCGCACCAACAAUCCACCCAUUGAACCACCACACCAACAACCCACCCCAUGAACCAUCACACCAACAAUCCACCCCAUGAACCACCACACCAACAAUCCACCACAUGAACCACCACACUAACAAAUCACCCCAUGAACCACCACACCAACAAUCCACCACAUGAACCAUCACAAGACACCAUCAGCAAUUCAGGAUCCAUUUAUAUCGUCUGUCAAGAACUAAUUUUGAUAGCAGGAUAAAAUGUGUGGGUUCAUUGUGUAAACAAUCUGUUGUUUCAUGAAUUUUGUUAACAUUGCCUCGCCGUCAGAAGGAAAACAAUUGCUUACAAACUGAGCACGAGACCACCUUAGAAAAUGAAUAUAUUAACCUUUGUCGUUAGAGUCCCGCAUACUGUAGAAACCUUUAUUUUGUGUUUCCAUGAAAUCGAGACGUGUAACAUUUCUUCAAUAACGGCUUUGUAUAGGAAUGCACCUAAUACCAUUUGUCAGAUUCGAAUAAAUGAAAUCAUGUAAUGAAUGAAACUUGUGAAGGUGCAGUGAAUGUAUUAUUAUAAUCAUGAAAUGAUAGAAUGAAUGCAUUAAGUGGAAGCGCAGUCAGUGUGUUGUUUCAAUGUUAAUCAUCGGCAUAAUUUAGUGUGCCACUUUGAACGUGUUCAUCCUUGGGAAUGUUUACUGUAUUUGGCAUGUUUGGUAGGUGGCAAUAUCAGAUCGAUGGCUUUAAUUUGCUAUACGAAAAUCAAUACUAUCGAUUUGCUGUCACAGUGGUCCGCCCCCCACCCCAACGUCCCCGUUGUACAAUAUUUCGAAUAUCCAGGUAAUCCAGGCGCAGUUUUUUUAUAUCCAUGGAUCGAGAGGCUUUAACUAGAUGAGUGUUGAUAUAUUCGAGGCUCUCAAAUUAUACAAUAACAGCCCUUUAUUACAUACAAUUCUGAUUUCGGCAAUAGCAAUAGUUUCUGAAAAGUAUAGUUUAGAAUACAGGUUUUCCCUCAACAUCUAUUCUUACAUGUCAGGUUUAGAUUAUGGGUUGCCUCUCAGUAUCUAUUCUUUCUUGUCAAGUUUAGAAAAUGGGUUAUCCCUUAACAUCUAUUCUUACAUUUCAAGAAUGUCUAAGCACGCUUUUCCAUAUAAAAAGAUGAAAACAAAUCUAAUAAACGUAUUAUUCGUCUCCAAAAUAUUAGAAAAACUCGAAUCUUUUGAGAACACCUAUGAUACAUUUUGAGAACACCUAUGAUACAUUUUGAGAACACCUAUGAUACAUUUUGAGAACACCUAUGAUACAUUUUGAGAACACCUAUGAUACAUUUUGAGAACACCUAUGAUACAUUUUGAGAAGACCUGUGAUACAUUUCUUCAAUAACGGCUUUGUAUAGGAAUGCACCUAAUGCCCUUUGUCAGAUUCCUACAAUUUUUCCAUUGAAUGGUGCUGUCAAAGUCAGACCUGAGAAAUAAUCACUAUAAGCCACCCUCAACACAAGCUUAACAUUGUUGCAAACUAAAGUAGUUCUGAUGGUAGGACAAUUGUAAAUUUUUGUGACACUAAGAUAAUAUCUUUAUACUUAAGAUAAUAGCACCAACAACAGUAUCAAAUAAGAUGGCACCAAAGACAGUAUCAAAUAAGGCGUCACAAAACACAGUAUCAAAUAAGACAGCAGCAAAGACAGUAUCAAAUAAAACGUCUCCGAAGCCAGUAUUAAAUAAGACGUCACCGAAGACAGUAUUAAAGAAGACUUCAUCGAAGACAGUAUUAAAUAAGACUUCACCGAAGACAGUAUAAAGAAGACCUUACCAAAUACAGUGUUAAAUAAGACGUCACCACAGAAAGUAGCAAAUAAGAUGGCACCAAAGACAUUAUCAAAUAAGGCGUCACAAAACACAGUAUCAAACAAUACGUCACCACAGACAGUAUCAAAUAAUACGUCACUACAGGCAGUAUCAAAUAAUACGUCACCACAGACAGUAUCAAAUAAUAUGGCACCAAAGACAGUAUCAAAUAAUACAUCACCACAAACAGUAUCAAAUAAUACGUCACCACAGACAUUAUCAAAUAAUACCUUAACCCAGACAGUAUCAAAUAAGGCGUCACAAAACACAGUAUCAAACAAUACGUCACCACAGACAGUAUCAAAUAAUACAUCACCACAAACAGUAUCAAAUAAUACGUCACCACAGACAUUAUCAAAUAAUACGUCAACCCAGACAGUAUCAAAUAAGGCGUCACAAAACACAGUAUCAAACAAUACGUCACCACAGACAAUAUCAAAUAAUACGUCACCACAGACAAUAUCAAAUAAUACGUCACCACAGACAGUGCACAGAUUCCUAAGAUCAGCUCGAUCCAGGCUAAUUCUUUCGGGGGUAAAGUUAGGCCUUAAAGAUAUACAAGUUAUUUUGUUCACCAGUCUGUACACAUUUACAGAGCUGUUAAAAAAUCGAAAAGUUCAAUAAUUAAGUAAUUAUUGUCACAGUGUCAUGGUCUAUUGUUGACGUACUUUUAUAUGGUAUAUUAUAGUGGUACCAUUAUAUGAUCAAUUUGUGUAGUACCUUCUGGUCUAUUGUGGUUGUUUAUUUAUUUGAUCUAUUGUCGUGGUACCAGUACAGUCUUAUUUCCUAUUUUAAUGGUACAGUGUCAUGGUGUAUUGUAGUUUUACAUAAUUCUGAUCUAUUGUAGUGGUAAAUUCUUAUGAUCUGUUGAAAUGGUAAGACUGCUUCUUCUCAUCUUUCCAUGGUCUAUAUUUCCCUUCUAUCAUGGUGUAGUUUUUUUUUUAUUUCCCUUCUAUCAUGGUAUAGUUUGAUAUUUCCCUUCUAUGAUGGUAUAGUUUUUUUUAAUUUCCCUUCUAUGAUGGUAUAGUUUUUUUUUAUUUCCCUUCUAUCAUGGUAUAGUUUGAUAUUUCCCUUCUAUGAUGGUAUAGUUUUUUUUUAUUUCCCUUCUAUCAUGGUAUAGUUUGAUAUUUCCCUUCUAUGAUGGUAUAGUUUUUUUUAAUUUCCCUUCUAUCAUGGUAUAGUUUGAUAUUUCCCUUCUAUCAUGGUAUAGUUUGAUAUUUCCCUUCUAUGAUGGUAUAGUUUUUUUUUAUUUCCCUUCUAUCAUGGUAUAGUUUUUUUUAAUUUCCCUUCUAUGAUGGUAUAGUUUUUUAUUUCUCUUCUAUCAUGGGUACCUUCCUUCAGCCAGACUAUGGUAAAGGAGACUCUAGCUAUGUCUGUCUUAUAUUUCCAUCUAUCAGGAGUACAGCUCUGCAGACUAUGGUAAAGAAGACUCUAGCUAUGUCUGUCUUAUAUUUCCACAUAUCAGGAGUACAGCUCUGCAGACUAUGGUAAAGAAGACUAUAGCUACGUGUCCCCCAGAGAACGGUACUCAGCAGAUGAAGCACUCAGGGCACUCAGUGAGUCACGUACAGAAAUGAAUCCAUACGGCAAGAUACCACCAAUACCUCCCAGGAGCAGCGACCCUGGUCACCCUUCAUCUGCACCUUUACCUGACCAGGUGAGAAUUGUGUGUUUAUUGAGAGUUGGUUGUAUUACCUGACCAGGUGAGAACUGUUGUAUAUUUGUUGAAAGUUGGUUCUGUUAUCUGACCAGGUGAGAUUUCUCACAUUUCAGAAAAUUGUUUAAUACUCUUGUAAUUUAUCAGAGGUUUAUGUAUUAGUUAUUCAGAAUUUUUUCAACGAAAUGGAAAUUGUUUUUCUUGUCUUAUUAGUUUUCAAGUUAACAGAGACAAAUUAUAUAACAAUCAUCCUCUCAUUCUGCAUUAACUCUUGACCGACAAUUAUUCAGUGUUAAAUCUUGUCAUACAAUAUCUAUGAAAAGUAUUCUAUAUUAAAUCUUGACCUACAAUACCUCGACCUAUGAAAAUUAUUCCACAUUUACUAUCCAAACAUUUCAACCUUCAAAUGUGAAAAAUUUUCAUACUUACUAUCAUGAUAUCCACCUCAUGUCAUAUUCUAUUUUUGUCAAAUAUUUUCACUGACCAUUACAGUCGUAUUCUCUUUUCGCCAAAUAUCUUCACUGACCCUUAUGGUCAUUUCUCUUAUUGUCAAUGAUUUUCACUGACCCUUACUUCAUUUUAUUUGAAAACUAAAAUUUUAAAAUUUUUUUAAAUGUUUAUUAAUAUAAAGAUGUGAUAUCACUUUUUGAUGAAACAUUGCUUCCACUUGCCCUCCUAACAAGGUUAACAUUGCUUCCAUUUGCCCUCCUAACAAGGUUAACAUUGCUUCCAUUUGCCCUCCUAACAAGGUUAACAUUGCUUCCAUUUGCCCUACUAACAAGGUUAACAUUGCUUCCAUUUGCCCUCCUAACAAGGUUAACAUUGCUUCCAUUUGCCCUCCGAACAAGGUUAACAUUGCUUCCACUUCCCCUCCUAGCAAGGUUAAUAUUUCUACAACUUCUCCUCCUCUCAGUUGUUAACCUCAGUUGUUGUUGUUGCACAGGGUGGCAGCUACAUCGACAUGUACAGGAAACAGAAAGGGAAAGAUAAUGAGAAGCCAUGGUACAGAGUUUACGGCCUCAAAGAUUACCGUAAGAUGCAGAAGGAAGUCAGACUUGGGACAUUGGGUCCCGACUUGGACAGUGACGCUAUCAAAGAGAGGGUAAGUCUUACUUGGACAGUGAUGCUAUCAAAGAGAGAGUAAGUCUUACUUGGACAGUAAUGCUAUCAAAGAGAGGGUAAGUCUUACUUGGACAGUAAUGCUAUCAAAGAGAGGGUAAGUCUUACUUGGACAGUAAUGCUAUCAAAGAGAGGGUAAGUCUUACUUGGACAGUAAUGCUAUCAAAGAGAGGGUAAGAGGGUAAUUCAGACUUGGAAAGGGACACUAUCAAAGAGGAGAUAAUUUUGACUUGGAUAGUAAGGCUAUCAAAGAAGGGGUAAUUCAGACCUGGACAGUGACACUGUCAAUGAGUGGGUAAUGCAAACUUGGACAGUGAUUCUAUCAAAAAGAGGGUAAGUCGUACUUGGACAGUAACACUAUGAAAGAGAGGUUUGGAUGUUGGAAAUGUUGCAAUCACCUGUGUACUUCUUUGAGCAUAUUUUAUUUUAAAUUUUGCCGAUACAUGAUUUUGACUUCAAUGAAUAAUGAGCAAUUUAUUUCAUCACUUUGAAUAAUUAAAUGACUUUUUUGUAGAAGAUUUCUUUGUUCUGGUAGGAAAACAGAGUUUCAAUAUCAUGCCAACUAUGAAACAAAAGAUUAUUGCAGAGAAAUGAUUUAUUUAUAUCUUAACAUCAUUUUUUGAAACAUGUAAUGAACACUGUUAUUUUUAAAAUAUUAAUUUACUUACUUUUCAAAGGGAAAUCGUUUUUCUUAGAAACCUUUAGAUUAAAAAAGGUUACAUUUUAUUUCUGUUUACAUGACUUUGAUAACCCGUUUGUCUCAUUUAGGCCUUGAGUAUUUUAAAAUGAAAAGAUUAACUUGAAUUGUUUAGAGAGAAAAGUUCCAAAGACAAAGUGAAUAUGCCAAGGUGGUCAUGGAAAGAAAUAAAAAUGACCUGGCUCAUAGAAAACCCCCGGCAUUUCCCAGACCAAAGGAGGAGAAUGACAUACUAAACAGACGUAAAGUGGUGAGUCCAUUUGACAUACUAAACAGACGUAAAGUGGUGAGUCCAUUUGACAUACUAAACAGACGUAAAGUAGUGAGUCCAUUUGACAUACUAAACAGACGUAAAGUAGUGAGUCCAUUUGACAUACUAAACAGAUGUAAAGUGGUGAGUCCAUUUGACAUACUAAACAGACGUAAAGUAGUGAGUCCAUUUGACAUACUAAACAGACUUAAAGUGGUGAGUCCAUUUGACAUACUAAACAGACGUAAAGUGGUGAGUCAUUUGACAUACUAAACAGACGUAAAGUGAUUAAUCCACUUUUAUUUACACAGUCUUUCAACAUGUUAUUUUGUUUCAUAUGAUGAUCUCUAAAAUUUUAUUUUGUUUUUUAAUGGACAGUGAUAUUGAGUAGGGACAGAAUAUUUAUUAAAAUAGUAAUUAUCUCUAAUAUAUAUCUUGCUUCUGGUGUGGCUGCUUCCUUUUCACAACUGGCCCUCCCCCUGCUUAACACGGUUUAUAUUAAUAGUACUGAGUGAAAUAAGAUGAAUGGAUGGCUGAAUGGUCUAUACUGAGACAACCUCAAGUUGGUGAUCUGGAGUUUAAAUCCAGCCAAAAGAGCAGUCAAUGCAAAACUUCAUCCCGGGUGGAUGAGAAUCGUUAACCUUGGUCUGCAACUCAUCUAAGAGAAGGAAACCCUGAAUUCAAACCUGGAGUUGGAGUCCCAUAAGGUGCAUACAAUGACAAUUCCUGCAGCCGUACCCAUCCCUGGUUGUCUUGUUGUAGAAUCCUGCCACUGGAUAUGGUUGGUCCGGAAAAGAGAGUGAGGUUGACGCAGCGCAACUCUUCUUCACUUUAAACAAAAGUCACCCGCACAAGUCAUCAGUCACCAGACGACUCAAUGGUUAUCGUCGAUCUUUGACGGACGAACAAUAAAAAUAACUGAGUGAAAGAAAAUGGUGUGGGACUGCCUGUAUGAAUAUUGUUUAAAGGCCGGCAUACAUUAUAGAAAAUGAGAAGUGAACUCUUUUUUUUGCAACACUUGCACCUACCAGGUAUUUUUCUCAAAAUGUCCCAACCCAAUGUACAAAACUGCACCCAGUUAAGCCCUAGUUUUAUUAAAUUGUACCAAAUUUAACAGUCAUGGGCUGUUGAGUUUGUCAAUGUUGUUUCCAUAUGUUAUACAAUAGUUUUUCUUUGGGCUGUCUUCUAUUCUAUAUAAUUGACUCACUUUUGAAUGUAAUUUUAAAAUGCACUCAAUGUUGACCACUCUAGGCUGUGGAGUAUGCCAAGUCUGUUCCUAAACCUGUGGCCAAGCCCCAGCCUAAUGAAUACAACAAUUAUGAACUGGCGUCUGAGAAGUCCCCUAUAGCCAAACACCACAGGAAACCUGGGGACAUGCUGGGACCAGGGACACAGAAAUACACAACACCAAGUCCAAGGCAAGUCACCAAACAGAAGGAGAUGGACGUUUUGGACCUGGACAAGUUACGACAGCGCUAUGAAGAGGAUAAACAGAACGAGGCCUUAAUUAGGAGGAACACAAGUUCCAGUUUACCCAAGGGAGAGAAAUACUAUUAAAUACCUAAUUAAAAUGAUUUUUCAAUACCUAAGGGAGAGAAGUUUUAAUGUCUUCAUUAGGAGAAACAUAAAUUUACCCGAAAUCUAAAUGAUUUAAAUUUGGUUUAUUGUAAGUCUGGUUACCUGUGGGAGAGACAUUCUAUUGUCCUCAUUAAGAGAGACGUUUUAAUGUCUUCAUUGGGAGAGACGCUCUCUUGUCUUCAUUGGGAGAGACGCUCUCUUGACUUCAUUGGGAGAGACGCUCUCUUGUAUUUCAUAAUUUAAGAAGCAUGGUUACUCCAUUGACCAAAUUUUGGCUAUCACCUACUCCCAUGGCCAAUGGUUGGUUAUCAUUAAUUCUAGGACCAAGUGUUGGCUAUCAUCUAAUACUAUGACCAAGGGUUGGCUAUCAUCUCCUCAUCUCACCAAUGUUUGGCUAUCAUCUCCUCAUCUGACCAAGGGUUGGCUAUCAUCUACUGCUAUGACCUGUGGUUGGCCAUUGUAAGAAAUCAGCACUCAUGAAAUCUGUGAUAAUUUUUACUUAUAAAAUAUUCUACUUGUAUAUACAUUUCUUGAAAAUAUGAUAUUCCUAUACUUUUAUAUGUGAAAAAUUUUGAAUACUUAUAUGUACUUACUUAUAAUAUACACAAUAAUUAAUUGACAUUGUCCUGACUUUAAACAUAAUUUCUUGAUUUUCUCAUUUGCUAUAAGUUUUAUCUACUCUAGAAAUAGGUUCGGUGUAUGUGUUAUUUAAUUUAUUUUUAAUAUAUAGAUAUCAGCUGGUUCUCACAUUAAGCCUCAAUAUUUUUCCAUCUGGGAUGUAUCUCAGCUGCCAAAAAAAAAAUAAGAUUACUAUUUAAUAGCUCCAUUAAUAGGACUUCAAAAAAAUGAAAUGGUGUCAUUUAAAAAAAAAAAGUAUAACCACCUGGUAGGCUCUGAUCUAAUUUGUUACAGAAUCUCGGUGUAAAAUUGAAUCAAAAUUGAAUCGACAUUUGCACAUUAAUGUUUCCCCAACUUGCACAGAUUAUAAAUAUUGGAACUGUCAUCACAGGUAAUUUGACUAAACAUAACAAAUGUUGUACCAUUCAAUAUGUAGUGGUUUAUCAACAUUCGUUUUAUUGGCUGUUUUUUUUUAAAUUUUGAAAUAAUUGGAGCAAGAAAGGGUAAGAAAAGGUCUUUUAUCUCUUCGCUGAUGUGAAGUCAAUUAUGACACUGCCCAUUAUUACUUUAUAUCUAAAACUUUUGAAAUGAAAAACUUUGUGUUUUGAUUUCUUACAAAUUCUGUUUUGAAUUGGUUUUACAAAUUAUUUACAGUAUUCUGCAUUAUUCUGAACUUUAUUAAUUUUUAAUUGUUAAAGAUUAAUCUUUGCACUAGUUGAUUAUGUGGUUAUUUGUUUGUGUUAGUUGACCCAGUUAAUGACUUAUUACUAGGUAGAUGAAUGCAAAAUUGUUUUAGUUGACCCAGUUAUUGACAUAUUACUAGGGAGAUGAAUGCAACAUUGUUUUAGUUGACCCAGUUAAUGACAUAUUACUAGGGAGAUGAAUGUAAUAUUGUUAGGGUUUUGAAACAUUAUUGCUGGGUUCUUAAAGUAGUUUGUCCUGAGAAAAGUUUGAUUCAAUUUAGUGAAUUUUUUCCUACUAAAUAAUCUAGCUAAGAUAAACUGAGUCUCAGUAUAUUUGGAACGACCCCCUGGAGUUAUUUGUUGUAAAUUUUGGAUAUAAAAAUAUAAUUUUAGACAUUUUAUUGAAAUAUCAUUGUUUUAAUGAAAAUGAAAUAAAAUUUUAAAAAAAGAUCUUUUCAUUGGUUCCUAAAUAUUAUUUAUUCUAUGUCUUUUUAAACUCUAAAAACAGGAGACAUUUUUUUUUUUAAUACCUAGUCCUUCGUUUUCUUAGAGGCUAUGCAUUACUUAAAUAACUUAUCACUACAUCUGUUUCCCUAUUUUUAGAAUCGGAUAUUCAAAACUAUUUUAUUCUGUUUAUGUCAUUGCUUACUUCUGGUUAUAAAUGUUUACAAUAUCCAACCCAAUUUAUCCAUUUAAAAAUAGAUCAUACAUGGGAUAUCAAAAAUAUUUCUUGUCACCCAAAUAAAACCAUUUUAUGAUUUUUUAAAAUAACAAUUUUGGCAAUAUGUCAAAGGGAAAUAAUCACAGAUUUUAUGUCAGGCAAAAACACUGCGCCCUCUUUCUGUUUGUGGAUAAGCACUUGUCGUAUUAAUAUUACCAUUAUUAAUUCUUUAAAUUAGGCUCAAGUUUUAAUCACAGAAAAAUAGAGUCAUGACAAUUUUAAAUCUUUUCAUAAGAAAAAUAUGGCUCUGAGCUUAUUAUUAUAAUAAAUCAAUAUAAUUUUUAAGAGACAUAAUUUUGGAUGAACAGAUACAAAAGAUUAUCUGUUAUCAAGUAGAAGCUGAAAAAAAGGUUGUUUAUAAGAUGAUCUCCACUUGUCAACUACAAAUUUAUAGAUUUCCUAAUGCUUUUACCAAAUAUGAUGUAAUUUUAUACAAUAUUUAUCAUUCAUGUUUUUUAUGACCUUAUAUUUAUAUGUCCACCGCACGGUGAGGCUACUAUUGUAAUAUAUCAGACUUCCGGCUACCAUUGUAAUAUAUCAGGCUACCAGUGUAACAUAUUGUAGGGAUUGAAUAAAUGAAGUUUUUCACU